CAGCCCACGCCUCACCUCGCACCCAAACAUCGACACCCAGAAUCUGCCAUUGCCGUGCAUAAAUCUCCAUCAUCAUGCAGUCUGGUAUCUCAGCGUCCCAGGAGCUCAAGACGGCGCUGGGCGAGCUCAUAGUCUCGCCCACGCAACGCGGCCUCAUCGCGCGCAUCGAGAAGGAGACCAUCGUCCCCGGCGCCACGAUCCCCUCCACAGCAUCGACCUUCCUCGACGACCUCUCCAACGUCAGCACCCUCACCCAGCCCAACGAAGCCCUCUACAUCCUCCUGCGCCGCGCCGACUCGCUCGCCUCCGACGACAAGUCCCUCGUCGCCAUCACAUACGUCCCCAACGCGGCCCCCGUGCGCCAGAAAAUGCUCUUCGCCUCGACCCGCCUGACCCUCGUCCGCGAACUCGGCGGCGAGCACUUCCCAGAGAGCGUCUUCACGACCGAGGCCGCCGAGCUGACCGCGCAGGGCUGGCAGAAGCACGAGCAGCACACGGCGUCCAGCAACCCGCUCACGGCCGAGGAGCAGUCCCUGCAGGACAUCAAGGACGCCGAGGCGCUCGAGAGCCGCGGCACGCGCGGCCACGGGCUCGCGCAGGCGGGGCGCCUCGCCGUGCGCGCCGACGACGAUAUCGCUGCCGCGCUGCAGGCGCUGGCCCGCGGCGGCGACAAUCUCGUGCAGCUGCGCAUGGACUCCGGGUCCGAGACGCUGUGCCUGGUGUCCGUGUCGAGCACGACGCCCGCGGGGCUGGCGGCCGCCAUCGAUGCGCGCGAGCCGCGGUACAGUUUCUACCGCCACGACGACGCGGCACAGAGUAUCGUGUUCAUCAGCACGUGUCCCAGCGCGGCGAAGAUCAAGGAGCGCAUGCUGUACGCGGCGAGCCGCGGGAACGUGGUCAGUCUGGCGCAGGGCGAGGGCGGGCUGACGGUGGCGAAGCGGCUGGAGGCGACGAAUCCGGAGGAGGUCACGGAGCAGGUUAUUCUGGACGAGUUUGCGGCGGAGAAGGUCGAGGUCAAGCAGGGGUUCAGCAAGCCGAAGCGGCCGGGGCGGCGGUAGGGCGCAGGCAGGCUGUUGUCGAGCGGCUGCGCGGCAAGACAUGCGCGGGUGGUUUCAAGCACACAGCGAGCAUAGCAUCAAAACGCAGAGCCCUGCCUGCUCAAGCACCACAGCCAGAGUCUUCGUUCAUUCAUUUCAUUGUACCCC